CUAAGAGAGGAACUAAACAAAGGUUAGAGAAAAGAGAAGAGAAGAAGAAAGAGAGGGAGAUAAAGAAGGAGGAGAGCGCUUACACGUACAGUAUGUCAAGGACUGGAACAGAACACGUGACGACCUGGACUGUGACAACCAUAAGGACCUGCCAAAACCCAUUCCAAUAAGGUGCCGUAUCCCGGACGACCUGUUCAGCGACUUCAUCAUGGUGUUGGAGUUCGUCAACGUUUUCUCUGAACUUGUGGAGCUGAGAGACGUGUAUCCUCAGGGCAUCACCUUUGACAUGCUGGAACACGCACUGGUGGAGAAGGAAGUUGCAGGUGUGUUUAAUGAUGUGCUGCAGCUGCUGCUUCAGGGCAUCUUCACACUGCAGGAGGAGGAGGACGAUGAAGUGGAUGCUGACCCCACCGCUGAGGAAGUGAUGGAGACAGACACAAGCGACAUCACCAUACAGGAGGCAGUGAGGGUCGCCAACCGCGCAUCUACUUGGAGCCAGCAAUAUCAUGGACUGCCGCUUCAGAAGGUGCCGCUUGACGCCCUGACAGUCACUGAGGUGUUACGCUUACAUCUACUGGCAUCGGGGGCUACCAGUGUUGCCAAUGGUCGAUGGAGGCACUUGAACCGUGGAGGCUUCAAAAACUGGGAUGAUCCAGGGCUACAAUUCAAGCUGGAGGAACCCAUCAUAAUAAAAACUCUAUCUACCCAGACUAUAUUUGAUCUCUCCUUAGCGUAUAAGUUGAAGAUCCUGAGUGUACUGGUGGGCCAGAUCCUAACUUACGCCUCAGUGCGGGACAUUAUUGAUGACAACAUUGAGAAGCUGAAGGAGGUUAAGAAUAAAUUGCGUCUACAUCAACUGACCCAGAUGAGGAAGGAGAAGGAGAUCAAUGCUGCCAGGCUGCAGGAGAAGCGCGACCGUAAACAGAAGGAGCGCGAACGGCUGUUGAAAGAGGCAGAGAAGAAGGCCGCCGCCGCCGCCAUGACCGGUGAACCCGACAAGCCCAUCGAGCUGGAGGACGAGGAGGAGGAGGAGGAGGAGGAAGAAGAGGACGAGAGUGAGAAGGUGGCGCGUGAGGAAAAGGAAGAGAAGAAUAAGGAGGCCAGGAAGCAGGACUUUCUGAAGCGAGAGAGGGAGUUGAUGCAGCAGGUGGGAAGAUUUUCGAGUGUUUCUUUGACUCGUUAUUUUUAUUUGUUUUGCUGUCCCUCGUCUUCGUUACGAUAAGUUA